AUGGGCAAUCAACAACCAGCAGGUCGUACUCGUAGUGAUACGUACACACGAUACGAACGAGAUGGUGAAGAUGGUCGAUUUGUUACACUCGAUCAUAAUGAUUUUAGUGGAAAUAAUUAUCCAAUACCAUUUGAUGAACGAUUUGGCUCAAGAAAUGAUUCAACAUUACCAAUACGUAUUCGCAAUCAACGUCAAAUGCAACAACAUCAUACUCAACAAGCUGUGCAAGCAGAAAUGCAUAAUGAAAAAAAGACAAUACCAGUUGUAUUUAGAUAUCCAGCUUCAACGAAAGAUAAAGAAGCUUUACUAACUGGUUCAUUUAAUAAUUGGAAAGAUAUGGUAUUAAUGGUUAAAAGUGAUAAUGAUUUUGUUGUUAUUUUGGAAUUACCCGAAGGUGAACAUGAAUAUAAAUUUUGUAUUGAUGGCCGAUGGGAAUAUGAUUUAAAUGAAUUAUCAAAAGAUGAUGGUCAUAAUGGUCGUAAUAAUGUAGUUACAGUAAAAAAAAGUGAUUUUGAAGUUAUGGAAGCCCUUAUAUCAGAUUCAGUCUUAUCAAAUAGCCAAAAUUCAAAUAUAAAUAAACAACAAUCAAAUGAUUCAGAUAUGGCACGUUCUCCACCAGGUUCUUAUGACCAAACAUGGCCGCCAACAAACCAAAAAGAAUUUCCACAGACAGAUAAACCACCAAUUUUACCACCACAUCUUCUUAAUAUUAUUCUUAACAAAGAUACAUCUGCUCAUUAUGAACCAGCUUUAUUACCAGAACCUAAUCAUGUUAUGUUAAAACAUUUAUAUGCACUAUCAAUUCGUGAUGGAGUUAUGGUAUUGAGUACAACAACACGUUAUAAACAAAAAUUUGUUACAACAUGUUUUUAUAAACCUACUGCCAAAUGA